UAUUCGUCUCUUCUUGCGUUGCGUUGGGAUAUUCUUCAGAUCUACGUUUGUUUCUGAGAGUUCCUUGUGAGAGAAGAUAACAUUUCUCAGAAAUGGCGACGGUGUCCCCUCUCGCCAAAUACAAGCUCGUUUUCUUGGGCGAUCAAUCCGUUGGCAAAACCAGUAUCAUCACUCGCUUCAUGUACGACAAAUUCGACACCACCUAUCAGGCUACUAUUGGUAUUGACUUUUUGUCAAAAACAAUGUAUCUUGAAGAUAGAACAGUUCGUUUGCAGCUUUGGUAUGCUGAAUUCUUUUUAAAGGAUACCGCAGGACAAGAAAGAUUCAGAAGUCUCAUUCCAAGCUACAUUAGAGAUUCUUCUGUUGCAGUUAUUGUAUAUGAUGUAGCUAGUGAGCAAUCAUUUCUGAACACUAACAAGUGGGUUGAGGAGGUACGUCAGGAGCGUGGCAGUGAUGUUAUUAUUGUCUUGGUUGGAAACAAAACUGAUCUUGUCGAUAAAAGGCAAGUUUCUAUAGAGGAAGGAGAUGCCAAGUCCCGUGAGUUCGGAAUCAUGUUUAUAGAAACUAGUGCAAAAGCAGGCUUCAAUAUAAAGCCUUUGUUUCGUAAGAUUGCUGCUGCCUUGCCAGGGAUGGAAACUCUUUCUUCUACAAAGCAGGAAGACAUGGUCGACGUAAAUUUAAAACCCACGGUGAAUUCAUCCCAGACAGAGCAGCAAGGAGGAGGUUGCUCAUGCUAGAGAAGACUAUUCUCAAAAGAGCCAAUAGAUGUCUGUUAAUUGAGCAUAAUUUUUGGAAUGGCAGCUUAAAUGGAAAGAUGAAGUUGGAAGAAGCGUGCUUUCAUGUAAUGAUCCUUCAGUUUACUAGAUGAGGGGGACAAGAUUGCAGUAAUGGUUUUGUUGUUCGACACAAAGAUUGAUAGUUAUUUUUUUAUUUGUUAUACAAUUAGUCCCUUCAUGUAAGAAUACAGGUAAUAAACAAGCUCUCUUAAUUGUGUCUUAGAUGUAUGUUGUUCUUCUGAAGAAAUGCAUUUGUUUGUACAAGGCCUGAAAUAUAUAACCCUCCA